UCACGGAAGCGGGCCGCUGACAACUGCAAACCACACACUUCUACACGGAGAACAUUAUUGAAGACAAAGACGCUGAAAGACUACUCUUGUUUUCCCACAACUCAACUUUUGUAAAUACACCUUUUAAAACGUGAACUACAACAACAAGGACAAUCUGGGCUGGCCCUGCGAGGAUGCAACAGACCGAGAGCGACAGCAUGGUCAACAAAGCAAGCAGCCAUCUUCAGACGUGAAACAAAACAACGGCUGGCGUGGAUGUACCAACUGCCUGCUCUCAUUCUGUGUGAUGGAUGGAAUUAAAGGCUCCAUGGAUUGGAAACCUGUCACUCUGCAAUAAUCUCAAGGUUUUCUGGCAUCUGGAAUAUCGCACCUUGGAGGUAUUUCGAUCAAUUUGGCAGAACUUAAAGACAUCAAAAAGGCUUAAUUCAGCUGCAGUAUUUCCCCCAUCAUGAAGAGGUCUCUUCCUUUCCCAGGCUGGGUAAGAGCAGCGAGCUUGUUCCUAUGUUUGACUCAGACCGCCCUGGCAAUGGUCCUCACCAACUCCACACAACUCGAGUCCAUCCUGGACAAAUACAGAGAAAAGGAUGAGGAGUGGUGGAGGGCCCGGUCGCGAGGGAAGAGGGCCAUCAGCGAUGGAGACAUGCACCUCAUCCUGGACUUGCACAACAAGCUACGGGGUCAGGUCUACCCUCCUGCCUCCAACAUGGAGUACAUGGUAUGGGAUUAUGAGUUAGAGAGGAGUGCAGAGCACUGGGCAUAUACCUGCCGAUGGGAACAUGGACCGAGCCAUAUGUUGACACAAAUAGGACAAAACCUUGGAGCGCACUGGGGCAGGGACCGCCCCCCUACCUACCAUGUCCAGGCCUGGUAUGAUGAGGUGAGGGACUACAGCUAUCCCUACUCCCAGGAGUGUAACCCACACUGCCCAUUCAGAUGUUCAGGACCUGUUUGUACUCACUACACUCAGUUGGUGUGGGCGACUAGCAAUCGUAUUGGCUGUGCCAUCAAUGUGUGUUACAACAUGAACGUUUGGGGAAUGAUCUGGGCUAAAGCUGUCUAUCUGGUCUGCAACUACUCUCCACCGGGCAACUGGUGGGGUCAUGCUCCUUACAAAUAUGGAUCUCCCUGUUCUGCCUGUCCCGCUAGCUAUGCUGGAGGCUGCAGGGACAAUCUCUGCUACAAAGACGGGGGUGUUGACAGGCGUCCCGCUCCUGGGAUUGAGGAGACCAACUACAUUGAACCUGAAGCAGAACCAGUGAGGGACAGGGAGCCCCAACCCAGGGCCCAGACGCCAAACCCCUCACCCAAUGACAACAUAGAGAGAAACCAGGUUGUCAGCGCAGAGCAGAUGUGUCAACAGGUCGACUGUAAGACUAAGCUGAGAGAUCGGUGCAAGGGGACAACCUGUAACAGAUAUGAGUGUCCACCUGGCUGCCUUGACACGCCGGGAAAAGUAGUUGGGACUGGCUAUUAUGACAUGCAAUCCAGCGUGUGUGGAGCUGGGUUACACGCUGGUGUUAUUGACAAUGACGGGGGAUGGCUGGAUGUGACCAGACUGGGCAGAAAACAACAAUUCACCAAGUCAUACAAGAAUGGUAUUCAGUCAAUUGGGAAAAACAGGAGUGCAAAUUCCUUCAAAGUAGAGACAGUGCCUGUCAAGGCAGUAACAUGUGAUACCACCGUUGCACUUUUCUGCCCUUUCAAGAAACCUGUACGACACUGUCCCAGGUUGUAUUGUCCCAGGAACUGUCUGCGUGACAGUCAAGCCCGAGUCAUUGGGACAAAAUACUAUUCAGAUAAAUCCAGUAUCUGCCGAGCAGCCAUUCAUGCUGGAGUGAUCCAGAAUGAGUCAGGAGGGUACCUCGAUGUGAUGCCAGUGGACAAAAGGCAGCAGUACAGUGGCAGUUACCAGAAUGGCGUCAAUUCAGAGAGCCUACUGAACCCAACAGGUGGAAAAGCCUUCAGAGUGUUUGCAGUCAUCUGAAAAACCACUCUCAAAGGACAGCGUACCGUCAAACAAGGCCAUAUCACAUCCAGCGAACCCAGUCAUUAUUAUCUUACAACAUGUAAUUACAUUCAUUCCUUCAGUAAAUAAUUCAGCUUCUGACACUAAAAGUGUAACAUGGCUUUACUCAAGGCUUCCCGUCUAUGUUUGGUCAUGAGUGAACCAGUGUCCAGUAAUUUGUUUGGUGAAUGAUGAUCCUGGAUGUCUUCUGCCUUACGGCAUUCCGAAAUGUCUAGUGCUGACCGUAAUAAUCACUCCCAUGCAUCAUGCUGACAUGAUAUCAUGACUUCAUGUUUUUUAUCACUUAAAGUUGAAUAUACACCACCAGAUUUAGCACCACUCCAAAUGCCUCCCACAAUUUCCAAACAUGAAGGUUAAAAUAUAACAUCAUAGCUUUUACCAAACUAAUUUUAGAUGUAGUAUGCCUCAGCUCCAUGUCAACAUAAACCAAAAUGGGGCAGUCAGAUACAGAGUCAUAAAAUCUGUUCAGACAUUUUGUGGGAACAAGAUUAGACUACUAUUCAGUCAGACCAUCCCUGCUGAAAUUAACUACCUGGGUAUUUGAUGUCAUCCCACUUACCCAAAACUCCAUCUUGUAUUUUCCUGUGGAGGACCAAACCAGGCAAAUUAUUGAGUAAAAUUACAAAUAAAUUGAUAUAAUAACCCAUUGGCUAUGUCUGGUGAUCAGCUCUGGUGGGCAACAGCCAAUAUCUCUGGGGUUCAGGUGUAGCCAGCGGAUAUCCAGACAAUGGAUUUCCAGGCCAAGACUUCUCCUGCUGUGCGCUGGUCAUUGUUUACAGUCCGAGUUGAGAGACGUCUCUAUAAACAGAUAUCUGCAUUUGAAUGCAUUUAAAUAAUGCGUGAUUGGUCAAUACUACUCAGACUACAAACAUGAUCACCAAUGAUUUUAAUACCAAAAUCUUGCAUUCAUAUGAAGAUAUCUGUAAUAAAGAUGUUCAAUAUAUGCUGUUAUAGAGAUGAUAUAGCCCCGGUUUGCUAGAGUCAUAUUUGAAAAUUUUCCAUGGGGAAGGGUUUAGCGAGCUGUCAAUGUCAAUUCAUGGGGAAACAGCAGCAUGUGUGUUGGGAAUGACCCAUGUGGCUUAAUUUCAAACUUUGCUUUUUGAAGAUAGAAUUAUGUCAUACUUUUUGUUUAACUAUUAAAUAUAAUAAAUCAGGCCAUGCACACAGGAACAAUUUAAAUGCUUUUUCAUUUUUAAGUCUGGUUUGGGCCUCCAUAUAUCACUUAUUUUCAUCACAGUGGUAAUAUAUACAGUACAUUAUAGCAACAAUGCAAGCAGUAAAAUACAUAUUGUAUAUUUUUGUACAUAAUGUUGUAAAUAAUAUUGAACACUUUGUUAUGAAAAGCUUGCUACUGUUGCCUUUUUCAUUAACAUUUCUAAUACAUUGCCAGCCAUAUGAAGAGCAAUAUAAGCAAUAAGCAGAUGCUGAAACAGAUUCUGCAUGCAAAACAUAUAUAUGUCACAUCAAGCUUUUAUUUUUAUAAAGGAAAAACAAUAAUUCUAGUACAUUCAUAUGUUUGUAAAUAUUGUGUAUGUAACAAAUUGUUGUAUUUUAUACUGCAUUUCCCAGCUUUUGUUUAUAGAUAUAUAUAAAUGGACCCUGGCUGGCCAGGAAUGUGCAUGGCAAAAUCACAAUAAAAACACUUGGAUUAAAUUCAAA